AUGAAAGAAAGAAAAAAUAUGUCAUUAAAAUAUCUUAUUAAUUAUGAUGAACUUCCAUCAUUUGCUUUUAAAUCAAAACAAACUAUAAUAAAUUGGAAUGAUAAAUCUAUUUCUAAUGUUGAAUUACCAAAGAGUUAUAGUUUGAUAGGAAAUGUAGUUGUAAAUAAAAUGAAACAUAAUACAAAUGUACAUCCAAGGAAUAAAGUUGAAUUUAGGAAAAGAAAAUCAAAAGAAGUAUUUUUUAAUGAAAUUGCACCAUUUCAAAUGAAGAAGUAUGUAAUUAGUGAAAGAAGUAAAAAUGAUGAAGAUAAAAUAAUUAAUGAUGAUAAUGAAAUUAUUGAAGAAGAUAAUGUUGAAGAAAGAAUGUCAUCAAUUCAUUCACAUAAUUCUAUCAUUAAAAUAUCUCAAAAUGAAACAUAUAUUAAUGAAAUACAUGAAUAUGAUAGUAUAUUAACAGAAGAUGAAUUUGAAAAGAUAAUGAAAACAUUUAAUGUUCCACAAAAAUGUAUGUUAUGUGGAAUAUCAAAGAAUAAUAAUAUAUAUCAAUUACAAUAUAAUAUUAAAGAAAUAGAAACAAUUAUAUUCCCAUUUUCAUCAAAAAAUAAAUAUUGA